AUGGGAUUACAGAUAUUCUCAGUUAACAAUGAGGUUCUUUCAAAUUUUGAUGGAAGGGAAUCUAAUCGACGUCUAGCAGUUGGCGCAUUAUCUAUGCUUGUUUAUCUGUUUAUUGGCGCGGCUGUAUUUGUGAGACUUGAAUAUCCAUUAGAACGAAUAGAACGAGAGACAUAUAAGGAAUACAGGGAUCAAUGGACAGAUCGUUUACUGCAAGCAGGAAUACCAGAAUCAGAGAUAGAUCGUUUGUUCGAUGAUAUUCGAGAUGCUUCGCUCAAUGGAAUCUGGGUGGAAAAAAAUAUGUCGAACAGUCCGAAUUGGUCGUUCGGGCAAGCCUUCUUCUUCUCAGGAACACUCAUUAGUACAGUAGGUUAUGGCAGAAUUUCUCCCCGAACAGAACACGGCAAGCUCUUCACUAUCAUAUAUUGCAUAAUAGGAAUUCCUCUUACUCUUGCAUUUCUCUCGGCCAUCGUAGCCCGUUUGAAAACUCCCUCACAAUGGCUCCGGGGUUACCUAAACUCAAAGUUGGCUACAAUAUUUCACACUGGCCAGAUUCAAAUGUUUCACUUACUCACUGUUUCGUUACUGCUUCUAGUUUUUGUUUUUGUAAUCCCAGCUUACAUCUUUACAUGCAUUGAGCCCGAAUGGACAUUCUUAGAUGCAUUCUAUUAUUGCUUUGUUUCUUUGACAACUAUUGGAUUAGGAGAUUAUGAACCUGGAGACAGACCUGAUACCUCCUUCCGAAGUUUAUAUAAAGUUGGAGCAACAGUAUAUUUACUGGUUGGGUUAUGUUGUAUGAUGCUAUUCUUGGCUACACUCUAUGAUGUACCUCAGUUGAACUUGACUCGAUUCUUCAUCAAAGAUGAAGAGGAAACUCAUAUUCUUGAUGAGAAUGAUCAUGGUACCAAGUACUCUCGGUUCCCAGAUGACCAAACAACAACUUACAAUGGCAGUCCGUAUUUCCAAUGUUCGGACUAG